AGCAUGAGGAACCCUGCGAGAUUAAUGCAGUAGAUCCGAACAACCGGAGUCACACAGCAACCAGCAACACACCAGCAUGGAUCGGCGGAAAAAACAGCAUAUGGAUGGUGAAGACGCAUUUAUAUGAACUAUAUUUGGAAGACAUUUGGGAAGAAAUUGCAUAUUUUGGAUCACAGACGCUAAAGUUAAAGGGCAAAUCAAGGAAGAGGAGAUCAGUCCAUCCAAACAUCUGCCCGUGCUUCGCUAUCACUCUCAUUCUCCUGGUUCGAUGGCCACAGUCGUGAGGAACUCUGAUUGGUCAUGUGGGCGCUGCACGUUUCUUAACUCCAGCGGUUCCUUGCGCUGCUCCAUUUGCGAGGCUCCUCGGCAGAAGCCGGAUCUAAACCACAUUCUGCGACUCAGCAGUGCCGAGGAACCUCGCUGGUCCUGCCCACGCUGCAGCCUGACCAAUCACCAUGGACUAGGCUCUUGUUCCGUCUGUGGGGCUGGUCCAGUUACCCCCAAUGGGCCGCUUCCGCCUAAACAGACCCCGCCCAUUCCUGUUGAGCCCGCCUCAAGCCCUGAAGCCAAAGGUCAGGUAGCCAAUGAGGAGCCUUGCAGUGCUGAACCAAAUGGGGAGGUGUCUAUGAGUGUGGAGGGGUCAUUGGAAUGGGCUUGUCCUCGUUGUACACUGGUUAACACUCCAGUGGCAUUGUCGUGCUCGGCGUGCGGUGGCCCGAGGAAACUCUCACUUCCGAAGAUUCCUCCCGAGGCGCUAGUUGUACCAGAAGUUUGUACACCUGUGGCUGGGUUUCCGACUCAGACUGCGGGAGCUUCGGCGCCAUUACUCAUUGAUCUAACUGAAGAUUCGCCUCCCCAUGCGCCUUCCAAAACCCCGUCUCCACCCCCAAAUCCCGUCCCUUUUUUACCCCCUUCCUUGUCGUCGCUUCAGAAUAAUCCUGUGCCUCGCAGUCGAAGGGAAGUCCCGCCCCCUGGACGGCCCCCAAACCCCACGCCUUCUCCUGCAUCCCCUUCAACGUGCCCGCCUACCAAACACAAGCCCCUCCUAUCAUCGGACAAUUACCCAAUCAAGCGCCUCAGCGUGCUGGAGGAGGAGCCCAACAACCCCCCCCUACCAGUCACAUCUCCACCUUCCUGGAAGUGCCCUGGAUGUUCUGCCCCGACGGCUCCUCCCUCGUCAUCCGCAGGUCGUUGCGAUGCAUGCCGAGGGUCUCGGCCGGGAUCAGGCGGUGAUGUCAUCGACGUGCUGGGCGAAUCAGUGCGCUUCACGCCAGCGUCUCCAUCAAGCCCAGACUUCAGCUCGUGGGCGUGUUCCAAAUGUACGUUACGCAAUCCAACAGGAGCGGACCUCUGCACGGCCUGCGGUUCGUCCAAAUUACACGGUUUCUCUGAGCCAUCCAACUGUUCAUCGUGUUCACGGAAACAGCCGCACUCCCACACGCGUGCCUGUAGCUCCACCUCCUCCUCCUCUGUUUCCUCGCCAUCGGCCGGAGGAACGGCGGACAAGAGUGCAUGUCAGUGGACGUGUCCAGCUUGCACGCUGUUGAACGAGGGACGGAUGAAGCACUGUGCAGCCUGUCACACGGCGCAGCAGUACCUGAGUCUGCGCAAGACCGGGAAACCGCUCAAACGCAGGGAGAGCAUGCACGUGGAGGCACGCAGACGCACAGAUGAGGGCGAGGCCAAGGAACUGUUAGAAAAUAUUGUCAGCUUCUGUAGAGAGAACGCAGUGAACUUCGUCGACGACAGUUUUCCUCCUGGACCGCGUUCUGUCGGGUUUCCUGAGAAUGACAGCGUCCAGCAGCGAAUCAAAAAGUGGCUCCGCCCACAUGAGAUUAACUGCAGUAACUUAAAGGAUCGCGGUGUGAAAUGGUCAGUGUUCAGGACGCCCCGCCCCUCGGACAUACUGCAAGGCCUUUUAGGAAAUUGCUGGUUCUUAAGCGCUCUUGCGGUCUUAGCGGAGCGGCCUGAAUUGGUCGAGCGUGUGAUGAUCACCAGAACUAUAUGUGCAGAGGGAGCGUAUCAGGUGCGGCUAUGUAAGGAUGGGACGUGGACCACAGUGCUGGUGGAUGACAUGCUGCCCUGCGACGAAUAUGGAUUUCUGCUGUUUUCGCAGGCCCAGCGGAGGCAGUUGUGGGUGGCGCUGAUAGAAAAGGCUCUUGCGAAGCUGCACGGGUCAUAUUUUGCAUUGCAGGCGGGUCGUGCCAUCGAGGGUUUGGCCACGCUCACCGGCGCCCCUUGUGAAAGUCUGAUGCUGCAGGUGAGCUCGACCAAUCCACGAGAAGAACCAAUCGACACGGAUCUCAUAUGGGCCAAGAUGCUCAGCUCCAAAGAGGCCGGCUUUCUGAUGGGGGCGUCCUGUGGGGGCGGGAACAUGAAGGUGGAUGAUGCGGUUUAUGAAUCUCUAGGGCUCCGCCCACGACACGCCUACUCUAUACUGGAUGUCAGAGAUGUUCAGGGCUACAGACUGCUGCGUUUGAGGAACCCGUGGGGCCGGUUCUCCUGGAACGGUUCAUGGUCGGACGAGUGGCCUGAUUGGCCGCAACACCUGCGUCAUGAACUGAUGGCUCACGGCAGCAGUGAGGGCGUCUUCUGGAUGGAAUAUGGAGAUUUCAUUAAACACUUUGACUCGGUGGAUAUCUGUAAGAUUCAUCCUGAUUGGCAGGAAGUUCGUCUGCAGGGCUGUUUCCCCUGUCGGGCGAGUAAACCAGUCACUGUAACGGCUCUCACAGUCCUGGAGAGAACCGCACUGGAGUUCGCGCUCUUCCAGGAAGGCAGCAGGCGGUCAGAUACGGCUGAUAGUCACCUGUUGGAUCUGUGUAUAAUGGUGUUCCGGGCGUCGUUUGGUAAUGGGAAUAAACUGGUUCUGGGGCGUCUGUUGGCACACAGUAAACGUGCAGUGAAGAAGUUUGUAGGUUGUGAUGUCAUGCUGGAGCCGGGCGAGUAUGCUGUGAUGUGCUGUGCCUUUAAUCACUGGCAGAUGGACCUCACGGGGGCUUCAACACCAGUGUCCAGUCCCACCAACGCUCGGAAACCCAGUCAGGAUUUCCCAGGGUACAUCUUGGCCAUCUACAGUUCCAGACAGGUGAUGGUGGAGCAGGUGGAGGCCACGUCCACAACGCUUGCUGAUGCCAUCAUCCUACUGACGGAGAACAAGGGAGAGAGACACGAGGGUCGGGAAGGCAUGACUUGUUACUAUCUGACUCACGGGUGGGCGGGGCUUAUCGUCGUCGUGGAGAACCGUCACCCGAAGUACUACCUUCAUGUGUCAUGUGACUGUACUGACAGCUUCAAUGUGGUGUCAACUCGAGGCAGCCUGAAAACCAUCGAUAGCGUGCAGCCCUUGCACAGGCAGGUUCUGGUGGUUUUAUCGCAGUUAGAAGGGAACGCUGGAUUCUCCAUCACACACAGACUGGCCCAUCGGAAAGCUGGGCAGGCGUCUCUAGGCGACUGGACGUCCAGCAAGGCCACGCACUCGCCCCAACUCACCCCAGACACUGACGGACUGCACAGACCACGGCCGCUUUGACACACGCUUACACACGCACACAUAGACACACACUCACAAACAUGAAAACUGUCUCUCUCUUCACUAAACGAUCAUUAUAGACCAAAACAGAGCCAUGUUGAUGAAUACACACGCAGGCAUUGAGAGGGUCUGAGUGGAACUACUGAGCCAAUCACACGACUUCUCGCUGAGCCAAGACCCACCCACUGCAAACAUGCACGCUCUCUCUCACUCUCUCACACACACACACACACGUGUCAACAUAAGUAUCUGGAGCCGAUCCUGGGUGUCUUGCGUUACUUUCUAGUUUCAUUUAUGUAUAUUCCGUCUAUCCAGUGAUUAAAUAAGAAUCUCAUAAAAACAUUUCACCCCAAAUUAAAGAAAUGACUUUUUGCAUGAAGAAAAUUAAGCUUUUUUUUGUUUUGUUUUGUUUUUUUGCACCAUUCAGAUUUCUGCACAGUAGCAUUAAUUGCACAUUUCCCCCCAAAAUUCUCAUUACUAAAAGCUGUCCGGAUGAUGAACUCUUUUUAAUUCUCAGUAUUCUUAAUGGUGAUUCUCGUUACUAUAAUUCGCAUUACCUUCAAAAUUAAUGUAAUGUACAGAGAUUUUAUUUUAUUUUAUUUUAUAAGAAAGUAAAGGCAGUACAACCGAAACUAUCAUGAUAUAUAAAUAUCUUACCAUUUAAAUAAUAAAUCAUUUAUUUUCUUGCAAUACAGUAAUAAGAGUGGGGGGAUGUUCUUACACUGUAGAAAAAUUAUUUUAUAAAUUAUUAUUAUUUGUUUUUUUUUCUAAGUUUAAAAAAUAUUAGCCUACUUAUCUUAAUAUCUAUCCUCAAAACAAGAUAAAAGCAAAAUAUGUAAGAUCAUUUUUAGAGGUUUUUUCCUCUUGUUUUAAUAAAAAAAAAAAAUAUUAGAUUUAUGUUUAAAACUAGACUUUUAUUUAAUAAUUAACUUCAUUCAAGAUAUAAUGUAUUCUGUAAUAAAAAAAAAGUUAUUAUAUGCAGUUUUACUUCUCAAGUAUCUUGUUUUAUCUUGUUUUAAGAAUGUUAUGAUUUUUUUUUACUGGAAAAUGUCAAAAAUACAGAUUUUUUUAAUUUUAUAUUUUUAGCUAACUUGUCAUGAAAAUGUCACAAUGCAAAAAACAAAAAUCUUAAUGCUCCAAUGGCCCUUAAAAUGCUUAAUUUUCUUAUGUUUUUUAUGCAAUUUUCUUUGUUUUAAGCAAAAAAAAAAAAAAAAAAGUGAGGUACGUGCUUAAAAUCUAUUUUGAUAUAUUCUCUGAAAACAAGUUGUGGUAUUUUAUGCAGUUUUACUUCUCAAGUAAAUGUAUUUUGUUUUAAGGAUGUUUCGAUAUUUUUACUGGAAAAUGUCAAAAAAUACUGAUAUUUCUUUUUUUUUUUAGCAGCUUAAUUGUCAUGAAAAUAAUGUCACAAUGCAAAAAACAAAUCUGACCAUUCAGAUGGCCCUAAAAAGGCUUAAUUUUCUUUAUGCAAAAUAUGAUUUCAAUGUAAUUUUGAGGUGAAAUAUGAUCGAAAUAUGUACUUGACAGGUUUCCUGUUAUUCAUCCUAGAAUGGUGAGGGUUUUUUCACUGUUAUAACAACCAGUCAGCACAUUUUGACUGCUCUGGGGUCAGAUAUCAUGUGUUAUGGGAAAUGUAAUGACAAAUGAUGAUACUUGAUUUUGGUGAAAGGUCACGACGGGUUUCAUGGAGGAAGGCACAUGUGCAUGUGGGCGUAUUAUUUGUGCAAACCAUCGAUUUUUAUUUAUUUAUUUCAUGUUUUAGCAAAGCUGAACAUUUUUGAAUGAAGCACAAGGUAAGCUGCUGAGAGAAAGAACUGAUCAGUCGAUCGAUUAGAUGUACGUCACUGAUUGACUAUUUAAUUUUCAGGAUCGCAAUGAUGUCAUAGCUGUACCGACUGAUGUUUUCAUCUGUGCUGAAUCUGAUUGGUCGAUUGCUCGGCCAGCAAGUUUCAUAAAUGUUUAUUUGACUUUAUUUGUGCACUGAACUUUAGUUCGCUGUCUCUCCAUCUCGUGUACUUGUGUAUUUCUUUUCCUUAAUUUGUUGUGUUGGGCAGUGUCGCCGUUUCAUCCAAAUAUGUGAUGGACACACACACACACACACACACACACCAAUCAAAAUACUUGCUGUAAUUACAUCUCUGAUGAACAGGAGUUUAAUAUGUAGAAUAUUUUAUUAAAUCUGGGACAAAAAAAUUUAUAAAUGUAAAAAAAUGUAUGGUUGAUUUGUAAUCUCAGGUUCUGUUGGACCAAAUGAUGAAUAAAGUUUUGUUUCAUUUUUUUAAACC